AUGGAUGUCAGCAGGCAGAACCAGAAGGAGUCGUGGAUUCCACAAACUCCUUCUAGGCAUAUCCUACCUGUGAUCUACACAGACAGGCAGGGAAACCAGCUAGACGAAGCAAGUAGUUCAGAAUUAAAGGGGUUACCUGGAUUGGGUGAGUGUCGUCAUCCCGCCGGUUGCAAUUGGGCGGCUGCUAUAAGUGCAGAAACGGGCAGCGGCAGUAAUGGCGUCUUCAAAACAUCCAGAGACUGCUCCAUUGUUAAUACAGCUACAUGGAACAUUAUGUCUUUGGACGACCCGCUAUUGGCUCUUGCAGAUGCGGCUUCCAAGGAGCAUCCCUCCCCUGGAACAAAUCCAUGGAUUUCUGGAAACUACAUCCAAGAACCCAAUUGUAAGGGGAAGGCAAAUGCAUUCUCUGUCGAGACCACCUCCCAGUUUGCUCCUGUAACGCCAGACAAAGGCAAGAAAGUGGAGUCAAAAAAGAUCACAGAAAUGCAAAAUUUACGAACAUAUGCAAGAAGAAAUCAAGAAUUUAGAGAGAAUGGAAUUGCUUGGGGGGCUGAUGCCAGUGGCCUCCAAACUGACAAAGAACUUCAACAGCGAGCAACAAAUUUGCCAUUUGCUGUUGUGUCCCCUGUGUUAAAGGAGAAUAACAACCCUGACAGGAGAGACAGCGAUGUUAUUGACCUGAACAGAACACCACAGCAGAAACCAAGGAGAAAAAAGCACAGGCCCAAGGUCCUCAACGAAGGCAAACCCAAAGGGCCACACAAAUCAGCAACCCCAAAGUCUGCUGCUUCCACAGAAAACCCAACUGGUAAGAGAAAGUAUGUUCGAAAGAAGGCGCUCAAUAAAGCAUCAACAAGUUCCCCAGCAGAAGAAAAUGGAGAGUUUACUAAUCCAAAGACAAUUGAACCGGCCAAAAAGUCUUGCAGAAGGGCCUUAAAUUUUGAUAUAGAAAGGCAGUCUCCAGAUGGAAGCUCUAAAUGCAGGCCACCUUUUGAAUUAGAUUCCCAACCAGAGGCACAAACCAGUGCAGCAAAAAAUCAAUCAAAAUCAACAGUGUUUCUUGGCCAUGGGAUUGAAGUGAUGGUGGAAACCUCACAAGCAGGCAUCGCCUAUGAUCUUACCCGUUCUAUAAAUCAAAUGCUUAAAAAGUACAUAUCAUUGCCAGAAAAAGAAGCACCAAGCACGUCAUUUCCUGCCCAGACUAGUCAGCGACAGAACAAACAGGAUGGCAAUUUACAAGAGAAAGGGGUAGACCAAGAGACUGCUCAUAAUGUACAGGAAAACGCUGUACAAAUCACUCCAAUAAGCCCUAAUGGAUCCAAUUGCAGCACCAGAACAACUUUGACUGAGGAAGGACAAGCUGGCAGAUCAAAGAGGAACCAUUCUGACCAACAAGACACCUGCAGCACAAAUCUAACUGGGAUUCACUAUAAUUCUUUGCAUGCUUACCAAAACAUGCCUUCACUACUAUUUCCGAAAAAAAAGAGGACGGAAAAGGGACAAACUUCAGCCACAUCAAGCACAUCAUCCUCGGUGACUGCUGCAAAAGACAUUGUGAUAGUAGAAAACACAUGCCCACGAAAGUAUCCUGAAGGAGAUCCUUUCACAUCCAAAGUCAACUGUUUGAUUUCUGCCCCUCGUCAUAAGGGUAAUGGACUUCCAGGCAUGCACGUAGAAGAAAGAAUAGAUCUUGUGCAUGAACUGCAAACUUUUGGCUGUACCAUCAACCAGACAACAAGAUCAACAAAAAAAAGAUCCAGAUGUCCUACUAAAAUUCGGGACCUGGCUUCACUAACCAGAAUUCCAGGGUGCACAUUGCACCCAACUAACCCAAACAGACAAGUACCCGUGGAUAGUAAUAGGCAGAAAGUAGGAAACUCACACAGACCUCACAUGAGUGUAGAAGCCCUGCUGGCACAGAUGAAUGGGACAUGGACAACCAAAAAGAGGACCAAGAAGAGAGCUUCUCUGGUUAACUCUGGUUCCUACAGUAUAAAUGCGGCGCCAUCUCAUGGAAAAAUCAUCUUAUAUAAUCAGAACAAAUUCUCAGCCAAGUCUUUAGGUGCUCAUCCAGAAGAAAUAUGGAAACAAAUGUUCUCUGUUGAUUCAAUAAUCGAGCAAUUAAAGCAACUCGACAUCAAGAGAGAAAACAAUGACAUUGCAUUUAAACAGCAGAAUGCACUUGUCCAUUAUCAUAUUGCAAAUGAUAUGCAGAAUGCACUGGUCCUUUACAAAAAAGAUGGAACCAUUGUACCCUAUCAUGGUUCUUUUGGAUCCAUAAGGAAGCGACGCCCUCGCCCAAAGGUUGACCUAGAUCAAGAAACUAAUAGAGUUUGGAAGCUUCUAAUGGGAAACAUCAAUAGUGAAGGCAUUGAUGGAACAGAUGAAGAAAAGGCAAAGUGGUGGGAAGAAGAAAGGACAGUGUUCGGUGGACGGGCAAACUCAUUUAUAGCACGGAUGCAUCUUGUACAAGGGGACAGACGCUUCUCUCCAUGGAAGGGAUCAGUAUUGGACUCAGUGAUUGGAGUAUUUCUUACUCAGAAUGUCUCAGAUCAUCUCUCUAGGUAA